AUGUCAGCUUCAUUUGGGCGACUCCAAGCUUCUGUGGCUACCGCGACACAGGAGGUUACUCUCGCGGCCGCCAACAUCAACUUCGACUUCACGCUCGUAAAAUACGAGGCACCAAAGGAGUUCCAGCCUCUAGGGGAGCUUCUGACAUGGAAAAGAAAACAUGAGGCGGAAAAUGGCAGAUCUCAUAUCACCGCACGCCGUCUCGGAGCCUUGUUCGAUGGCGUUUGCCCAAAUACCCCGAAUCUCAUCAAGGCAUAUGGGACACGAGUUGCAGAAGUCUCGAAGCAAGCAGUCGAUAACGAGCCCAAAGAGUACCGGGAUUCCAUCUUUUCAGCGUACACCGGUGUGGAUGGGACUUCGAUUUGGGCAGCAGCUACCUCAUCGAAGACGGCAAUCCAUGUCCACAUGCUAGCUUGCAUGCUGGCAGAGUUUUGGGGUCCCAAUGAAGCAGUCUCUAUAUGGGAGGAGCUUGUUGCCGAAAGAAGGAAGGAUAUUACCAUUCGUGUUGAGCGGGGAGAAUACAUGCACAUCGCCCUCGCUGCUGCGGCACAACAGGACAUCUUACGACAAGAUCUAGCCGUCUUGGAUGCGAGCGCCCGGGCGUGGACCCAGACAGCUAGGGCAGUGAUGCGUGUCAAGUACACACAGCUCAAACUAAUCUUGAAGAAUCUCGACACCUUUGUCCAUGAAAAGACGGAUGUAUUCAGUGGAGUGACUGAGGCAUGGAAGCUUACAUUAGAAACAAUGGAGAAGCUUGUAUCUGGAAUACCACAAGAAGCUCGCCUCGGAGCAGCGUUACUGGGCAUAUCAGCCUGGCACAUCUAUCCAGACAUUCACGUAUUUGGGGUAAGGAAUGUGGAAGUUCAAAUGAACGAUCCUCUGGUACAGAAAGGGGGGAUCCUGUCGCUCGGUUGCUCCCCGUCAGAUUCACAUCCCGGUGUGCAUUGGUCUCUCUGUCUCAACCACUUCAAGUUCUACGGCUCUUCCGUGCAAAGGGAGCAAACCUUGCAAGAAAAUCACAAUAUGGUACCAUUUCGGAAUUUUCAUCAUGCAGUUGUUGGAGCAAUCUUAAGCAAGUGGGAGACAUCAACCGAGGAUAUUUCUACGGGCCUUCAAGUCUUUAUGAGUCUUUGUUCACUCAUGUCUGCAGAAAGUCCUAGCAUUGCGGCCGUGCUUAAAACAACUAAAAUAGCGGUACAAGAGUGCCUAGAUGAUCCCACUACCCGAACAUUCCUCGACUAUGGGCGACGGAAAUCGCAGUUUCUCUCUCUCUACGGAGCAGUGACUGAAGCAACGGAAGCCCCAGUGCCCGAGUGA